AUGGCUAAGUGCAUACAGUACACAACACCCGAGAGCAUGAAGUCGGUUUGUCAUGAUGUAAUUGCAAGGAUACUGGAAAACAUUCUGAAGGAAAAUAAAGAGAUAAAUACAUUGAUGGCAAAUGCAGACAAAGAAAAACUUGAAGUAGCUGCAUUGAUGGAAAAUGUAGAAAGGGAAAAAAUUGAUAUUGCUGCAUUGAAAGAAAAUGAAGCUGCAUUGAAGGAAAAUGUACAAGAGCAGGCUCGGGAAAUUGCUGAGUUGAAUAACGUCAUCAAGAAUCUAACCUAUAAAUGUAGCCAAGUGAAAAAAGGUGAGCCUGGAUCUCCUGGAAUGGAUGGUACACCUGGAAUUGAUGGUACACCUGGAUUGAAUGGUACACCUGGAGUGAAUGGAAUACCUGGAGUUAAAGGUGACAUUGGCCCUAGCGGUCCGAAAGGAGACACUGGUAUACCAGGUGUGGUCGGACCUAGAGGUCAGAAGGGUGACACUGGUGAACCUGGUAACUUUGGCCCUACUGGUUUGCCAGGAAGGAAUGGAAUACCUGGUCCGAGGGGGGUACCUGGAAUACCUGGUCCAAAAGGAGGCGCUGGAAUGCCUGGUGAGGUUGGGCCUAAUGGAGUGCCUGGAGUUAAAGGUGAUAUUGGACCUAGUGGUCUAAAAGGUGACACCGGUGAGCCUGGAUUGAAUGGAGUACCUGGUCCAAUGGGUGUGCCUGGAAUACCUGGUCCAAAAGGAGACGCUGGGAUGCCUGGUGAGGUUGGGCCUAAUGGAAUGCCUGGAUUGCAUGGACUGCCUGGAGUUAAAGGUGAUAUUGGACCUAGUGGUCUAAAAGGUGACACCGGUGAGCCUGGAUUGAAUGGAGUACCUGGUCCAAUGGGUGUGCCUGGAAUACCUGGUCCAAAAGGAGACGCUGGGAUGCCUGGUGAGGUUGGGCCUAAUGGAAUGCCUGGAUUGCAUGGACUGCCUGGAGUUAAAGGUGAUCUUGGACCUAGUGGUCUAAAAGGUGACACCGGUGAGCCUGGAUUGAAUGGAGUACCUGGUCCAAGAGGUGUGCCUGGAAUACCUGGUCCAAAAGGAGGCGCUGGAAUGCCUGGUGAGGUUGGGCCUAAUGGAAUGCCUGGAGUUCAAGGUGAUAUUGGACCUAGUGGUCUAAAAGGUGACACUGGAGAGCCUGGAUUGAAUGGAGUACCUGGUCCGAUGGGUGUGCCUGGAAUACCUGGUCCAAAAGGAGACGCUGGAAUGCGCGGUGAGGUUGGUCCUAAUGGAAUGCCUGGAUUGCAUGGCAAGCCUGGAGUUAAAGGUGAUCUUGGACCUAGUGGUCUAAAAGGUGACACUGGUGAGCCUGGAUUGAAUGGAGUACCUGGUCCAAUGGGUGUGCCUGGAAUACCUGGUCCGAAAGGAGACACUGGGAUGCCUGGUGAGGUUGGGCCUAAUGGAAUGCCUGGAUUGCAUGGACUGCCUGGAGUUAAAGGUGAUAUUGGACCUACUGGUCCAAAAGGGGGCAGGGGUAUCCCUGGUAACAUUGGCCCUGCUGGUAUGCCUGGGUUGAAUGGAAUGCCUGGAACUAAAGGUAAAACUGGUACACCUGGAUUGAAUGGAACACCUGGACUUAAAGGUGGCAUUGGCCCUAUUGGUCCAAAAGGCAACAUUGGUCCUAUUGGUCCAAAAGGUAACAUUGGCCCUCACGGUCCACAGGGUAAUAUGGGCAUUAGUGGUCCAAAAGGUGACAUGGGUCUCAGAGGUCCAAAGGGAAACACGGGACAUAGUGGUCCAAAGGGUAGUAUGGGUCUAAAAGGUAGCAUGGGCUCCCGUGGUCUGAAGGGUAGCAUGGGUCCCAGUGGUCCCAAAGGUAGCAUUGGCCCUCGUGGUCUGAAAGGUAGCAUGGGUCCUAGUGGUCUCAAAGGGAGCAUUGGGUCUCCUGGGUUGAAGGGUAGCAUGGGUCCAAGUGGUCCCAAAGGCAGCAUGGGCUCUCGUGGUCCUACAGGUAGCAGGGGUCCAAGUGGUCCCAAAGGUAGCAUUGGGUCUCGUGGGUUGAAGGGUAGCAUGGGUCCAAGUGGUCCCAAAGGCAACAUGGGCUCUCGUGGUCCUACAGGUAGCAGGGGUCCUAGUGGUCUUAAAGGCAGCAUGGGCUCUCGUGGUCCUACAGGUAGCAUGGGUCCAAGUGGUCCCAAAGGCAGCAUGGGCUCUCGUGGUCCUACAGGUAGCAUGGGUCCAAGUGGUCCCAAAGGCAGCAUGGGCUCUCGUGGUCCUACAGGUAGCAUGGGUCCAAGUGGUCCCAAAGGUAGCAUUGGGUCUCGUGGGUUGAAAGGUAGCAUAGGUCCAAGUGGUCCCAAAGGCAGCAUGGGCUCCCGUGGUCCUACAGGUAGCAGGGGUCCAAAUGGUCUCAAAGGCAGCAUGGGCUCCCGUGGUCCUACAGGUAGCAGGGGUCCUAGUGGUCCCAAAGGUAGCGUUGGCUCUCGUGGGUUGAAAGGUAGCAUAGGUCCAAGUGGUCCCAAAGGCAGCAUGGGCUCUCGUGGUCCUACAGGUAGCAGGGGUCCUAGUGGUCCGAAAGGCAGCAUGGGCUCCCGUGGUCCUAUAGGUAGCAGGGGUCCUAGUGGUCCCAAAGGUAGCGUUGGGUCUCGUGGGUUGAAAGGUAGCAUAGGUCCAAGUGGUCCCAAAGGCAGCAUGGGCUCUCGUGGUCCUGCAGGUAGCAGGGGUCUUAGUGGUCCCAAAGGCAGCAUGGGCUCUCGUGGUCCUACAGGUAGCAGGGGCCCUAGUGGUCCCAAAGGCAGCACGGGCUCUCGUGGUCCUACAGGUAGCAUUGGUCCUAGUGGUCCCAAAGGUAGCAUUGGGUCUCGUGGGUUGAAAGGUAGCAGGGGUCUUAGUGGUCCCAAAGGCAGCAUGGGCUCUCGUGGUGCUACAGGUAGCAGGGGUCCUAGUGGUCUUAAAGGCAGCAUUGGCUCUAGGGGUCUGAAAGGUAUGAAAGGUGUUAUAGGACCUAGAGGGCUUCCAGGGCCAAGGGGGCCCCAAGGCAUUAAAGGGGCACCUGGUUUAAGAGGAGCCCCAGGUAUGAGGGGGCUGCCUGGCAGUAAGGGUAGCCCAGCGACAAUUCCUACAAGGAGAUUUUCUCGCUGGAGAUUUAGAGGAUAG